AGUCAUUUGCAAAGGCAUUUUCCAGUGGCUAUCUAAUCGGAGAAGUUCUGCACAAGUUUGAACUUCAGGAUGAUUUUUCAAAAUUUUCAGAAAGCAGGGUUUCAGGUGCCAAGCUUAAUAAUUUUUCUCGCUUGGAGCCAACACUUCACCUUCUGGGUGUGCAGUUUGAUCAGAAUGUGGCCCAUAACAUCAUCACAGAAAAGCCUGGGGCAGCAACAAAACUUCUGUAUCAAUUGUACAUUGCUCUUCAGAAAAAGAAGAAAAGCGGUUUGGCGGGAAUAGAAAUGCAAACCAUGCAGCCCCUGAAAAACUUGAGACUUCAAAACAUGAGAAGUGAUGCUUUUCAAGAAAGACUUAGAAACCUGAUACCACGUCAAACCGAUUACAAUCUGAAGCAGGUUACAAACAGGUUUCAAGAAAAAUAUCAACACUCAAAAGAAGAGCUUGCCCGUGUGCAUUAUGAGGAACUUCAAAGAUCUCAAAAAUUCAAGGAAGAACAAAGAUGUUUUGAUAUUGAAAAGCAACGCUUAAGCCGAAGACGACAAAAUGAAAUAAUGGCCCAAAUCCAAGCAGCUAUCAUACAGAUUCCUAAACCUACAUCGAAUUACACUAUGAGAGCGCUUGAGGCCCAAAAAAUGAGGAAAAAGAAGAAAGAGGCUGAAGAUGUGGCCAAUGAAAUUAAGAAGUUUGAAGCAUUAAUAAAAAAGGAUCUCCAAGCAAAAGAAAGUGUAUCCAAGACUUCUGUAGAUAUAGCAGGCCAGACAACUACUGAUUUGUUAAGCACUUACUCGGAUGAUGAAUACAUUAAAAAAAUCCAGAAGCGCCUGGAAGAAGAUGCUAUUGCCCGAGAGCAAAGAGAGAAAAGACGACGGAGAUUGUUAAUGGACCAAUUAAUAGCCCAUGAAGCACAAGAGGAGGCCUAUCGGGAGGAGCAGCUGAUUAACCGGCUGAUGAGGCAGUCCCAGCAGGAGCGCAGGAUUGCUGUGCAGCUGAUGCAUGUUCGGCACGAGAAGGAGGUUUUAUGGCAAAACAGAAUUUUCAAAGAAAAGCAAUAUGAGGAAAGACGACUUAAAGAUUUCCAGGAUGCUCUUGAUCGAGAAGCUGCUUUGGCAAAACAAGCCAAGGUUGAUUUUGAAGAACAAAUCCUCAGAGAGAAGAAAGUUCAUGAGCAGAUUGCUGUGGAAAGAGCUCAAGCUCGUUUUAAAAAGCACUAUUCAAUAUGUACAGAGAUUAUGGAUCAAAUACUUGAUUUUUCCACUAAAGUGGCAGACUAUCGAAUGUUGACAAACAACAUGAUUCCACACAAGUUGAUGCACGAUUGGAAGGAACUGUUUUUUAGUGGAAAGCCCUUAUAUGAACAAGCCUCAAUUAAGCCACAACCUGCUAAACCCUCACCAGAACAACGUAUAGAACUGGAGAAAAGGGACUUUCUAGAUAGCAAUGACUAUGAAGAAUAUAAGCACAUGGUUGGAGAGUGGGCCUUACCAGAAGAAAUGGUUGAUAAUAAACCACCUCCCAACAACACUAUAUUGUCCCAUAUCCUUCACAGACUAGCUGAAAAAGCUCAUCCUCCUCAAGUUGAAUCAACAGAACCAGAAUUACUUUCCUUUGCUGUUAAAGGAUGCUUCUUGGGGAAAACAUUUAGUGGGAAAACUACCAUUCUAAAGUCUCUACAAAAAGAUUUCCCUAUUCAGAUCCUUUCUAUUGACACUCUUGUCCAAGAAGCGAUACAAGCAUUCCAUGACCAUGAAAGAGCCAGAGAGAUCCUGCCAAUUCAGGGAAGUGAGCAGGCUGCACCAGGCCUGCAAAAUGAAAGAAAAGACAGUGGAGACCCUAAGCAUGAACUGUUUGCUUGGGGUCACAAAGCUUGUGAAGUCUUCCCAGGUAAAGAUGGUGAAUCCAUACUUAGUACAGAUACUAAUAGAACAUCAAAUACUGAGGAAGCCAGAUCAAGUUUAGAUUUCUCCAAACUCACUGUGCGUGCUCAGCUUGGUGCAAAAUCAGAAGAGUUGCUGAAGAAAGGAAAGAACAUUCCUGACACAUUGCUCGUGGACAUCAUGGUAAAUGCUAUUAAUGAGAUACCUGCAGAUCAAGGGUGGGUCCUGGAUGGUUUUCCAAUGACAUUAAACCAAGUGCAGCUCCUGGAAGAAGCUCUUACUGGCUACAACAGAAGCCUCAUAGAAAUGGAGGCAAAGAAAGCACAAAGAUCCACAUUGUUUGCUGAUCCUCCCAAAGAAGUGCCUCUUCCCCCUUCUGCAUUUGAUUUUGUCGUAUUAUUAGACAUCGCAGAUUCACUCUCACUGAGUCGUAUGAAUGAUAUCAUAGUCUCGGUGAAUAUUCCCAUUUACAAUUAUAAAAUUAUAGGCUUCUUGGACAACUGGCCUUCAUUGGAGCAGUGGUUUUCAGAGCCAGAAAAUAUUUUAAUAAAAGUCAAUGCUGAAGUAGAUAAAGCAUUAUUACAUAAAACAGUAAAAGAAAUUUUGAUGACUGAAAUAGUGAAAAAAAGGAAUAAAGUUGAAAAGAAAUUAGAGGAAAAGGAAGCUGAGAGAAAAGCAGCAGCUUCCCUGGCUGAGCCUCCUCCUCCUCCUCCUCCUCCUCCCCCUGCUCCUGUUGAACCAGAAAAAGAGAAGGAAACUCAUCCUCACCGUGAGUCCACAAAAACUCCUUCUGGAAAAGGACGAUCACUAUCAGAAACGUCACAUGCUAAGAAAGAAUCUCUUCAGGAAGGAAAGGGGAAGAAAGGUGAAACUUCACUGAAAAGAAAAGGUUCUCCAAAAGGAAAAUCACCAGGAGGAAAAGCAUCAGUAAAGAAAUCACCUGCUAGCUCUGCAGAAACAUCACCUACUCCAGUAGUGCCACCACCUCCUAAGCCAGGAUCAGAAGAAUGGGUCUACGUGGAUGAACCAAUUCCUGAGGAAAUUCCUUCAUUUCUACUACCUUACUGGGAACUAAUAGAAAAUUCUUAUAUAAACACCAUCAAAACAGUGCACAGACAUCUGAGAGAAUAUCAGAAGACUGUGCUUGCUUACUUAUAUGAGAUUAGGACAUGUUUCCGGGAGUUUCUAAGGCGUCCAGAGUAUAAGCAAGAUUUUGUAUCUCAGUGGCAGGCUGAUUUCAACUCCCUUCCUGACGACCUGUGGGAUGAUGAGGAAACAAAGGCUGAACUUCACCAAAGAGUGAAUGAUCUGCGAGACCGCCUGUGGGACAUCUGUGAAGCCCGGAAGGAAGAGGCCGAGCAGGAGAGGCUGGAUGUCAUCAAUGAGAGCUGGCUACAGGACUCGUUCGGAAUACUAAUGAACCAUUUCUUCUCACUGAUGCAGGCAGAAUCGAACCGUUUUCAAGAUACAAAGCGAUUCCUUCAAGAUUAUUACAGGGCAAUGGAAUCCAAAAUCCCAAUAGAUGACAGCAAGAAAUUAGCUCGAAUCCCACUGGUCCAAAUGGAUAGCAAGGACAUUUUGGAAAGCCAACAGAGAAUUCCUCUAGUUCCUCGAUUAUCCAUUUCUCCAGAAAGAGUUACAUCCAAAUCAAGACUAAAAUCAAUACUGAAGAGCAGGAUCGAUUACUCUCUAGAAAACGUAGAGUUAAACUUUGAGGCGGAUGAGAAGCUGGUGAUGGACACCUGGCAGCAGGCUUCUUUAGCAGUUUCGCAGAUGGUGGCUGCUGAAAUUCAUCAGAGGCUCAUGGAAGAAGAAAAAGAAAACCAGCCAGCAGACCCCAAAGAAAAAUCUCCUCAGACAGCUUCAAAUAAAAAAGCCAAAGUGGAACAACAAGCACCCAAGAAAAAAUCAGAGGACAAAAAAGCCAAAGGUAAAUCACCACCUAUGGCCGAACUUUCUCCUGUGUUAACAACAGAGGAAAUUGCCGAAAUGGAAAGGAAAAAUGAACUGAGGCUCAAAAUAAAAGAAGAACACCUUGCUGCCCUGCAAUUUGAAGAGGUGGCCACACAGUUUCGACUUGAACUGAUAAAGACGAAAGCAUUGAAUGUUCUCGAAAAUUUGAUAACAAAGGUGAUCGACGUAUAUAAACUCAUGGAAAAAUGGCUUGGUGAAAGGUAUUUGAAUGAAAUGUCCAGCAUAGAGAAGUUAACCGAGGUAGCACGCUAUUACAUCGAAACAUCUACAAAAAUUCAGAAUGAACUGUAUUUAAGCCAAGAAGAGUUCUUCAUUAAUGGCGAUAUGAAGGUCUUCCCAGAUCCUCCCCCACCGAUACGUCCUCCACCCAUAGAAAAGGAGGAAAAUGGCACCCUGACCCUUGAACAGCUUGACAAUCUUCGAGAUCAGUUCUUAGAUAUGGCGCCUAAAGGCCUGAUUGGAAAUAAAGCAUUUACUGACAUUCUCCUGGAUUUGGUGACCUUGAACCUUGGGACCAACAACUUUCCUAGUAGUUGGAUGCACCUUACCCAACCUGAAUUACAGGAGUUAACAUCUUUAUUAACAGUAAACUCGGAGUUCGUGGACUGGCGGAAAUUCCUGUUAGUAACCUCAUUGCCUUGGCCCAUCCCCCUGGAGGAGGAGCUCCUGGAGACACUGCAGAAGUUCAAGGCUGUGGAUGAGGAGCAGAAGGGCACCAUCACUUUUGAGCAGUAUAUGCAGGCUGGCCUUUGGUUUACGGGAGAUGAAGAUAUAAAAGUUCCAGAAAAUCCUCUUGAACCCUUGGCGUUUAAUAGGCAGGAACACCUUAUAGAGUUUUUCCUCAGGCUAUUUGCUGACUAUGAGAAAGAUCCACCCCAGCUUGACUACACACAGAUGCUGCUUUAUUUUGCCUGCCACCCAGACAGUGUGGAAGGGGUCUACAGGGCCCUCAGCGUGGCCAUCGGGACGCACGUCUUCCAAGAAGAUGAAACUCAUAUUCUGAUCGCUGAAAAGACCUCCUCCUCUACUGAUAUGAGUCCAAUUGAAGAGUUUCCUGAACUUGAUGAAAAUGUUGCAAGAGAGGAAAGAGAAUUAAAAGAGGAAAGAGAGGACAGGGAGCAAAAGGAAGAAGAAAUCCCUGAAAAUGCAAACAGUGAAAAGAUUUCCCUGGACACGCUACUAAAAGUGUUCAGAGGAGGAAGUGAAGCCCAGGACGCUGACAGAUUUGCCAGCCACCUCAGGACGGAGAACAUUUAUGCAGAGAGCUUCAUAAAAACAUUUGAGGACCUGGGUGCUAAGAACCUGGAGCCAAUUGAAGUUGCUGUUCUCUUGAAGCAUCCUUUUAUUCAGGACCUGAUUUCAAAUUACUCAGACUAUAAAAUUCCUGAUAUUAAAAUGAUUUUCCAAAGAAGUGAACACAUUCAAGGCAGUGAUGAAGAGAGAUCACCUUCAAGACUUACAGAGGAAAAGAAAUGAAGAUAGAAGAGUUUUGUUUUUAUAAUUUGUUGAUAAAUCUUCCAAAA